CGCUGAGUUAACAUGUUGGUACGGCACCGUCUGUGUUUGUAGCAAUGGCUGUGCUUUACAUAAAUGUAAAAUAGGAUAUGUUAAAGCCGUGUGCACGGUUUCGUUUGUUGUUUGUAUUUAUAUUGGUGCUGUUUUUCACUCUAUUUAAUCUGAAGUUAGUUAUUUAAAAGUCGGCGACAUGUUAUUGGGGUGAAAGUUGAUCUCACCAGGUUGGCUGAAUUCGCUUCUAAAUUAAUUUGCAAUCUUUAAACACAGGCGCUGAAUAUCUCUGAAGUAUCUUUAUUGUAGGGGAUUUUAUUCGACAGGAUUUAAAAAAAAUGUCUGUCGAGCAGAUGUGUUGCGUUGUCACUGUUUCUGAGAGCAGCUCCAAUGAGAAGCAACAGCUGACUGUAAAGCCCCUGAGCUGCAGUGGAGUGGUGUUAAACUACCAGUCUGGACUUGUGCUCUGCAGUGGUUUGUUGCUUUCUCGUUUCUUACUAGAUAAAGAGUGUAUAAACCAACUCCCCAAUGUAUUAAGUGCUCACAAAUUUAGUAACAAAAUUCAGGUUUACAUAGAUCAUAUGGAUGGAAAGGUGAACCAGUGCACAAGAAGAAGCAAGAGCUCCAUGAUGAAUGGGCGUCCAACGUGCCAUAAACCUGCUGAGCUGCUCAUGAUGAUUAACUGCGUGGAGUUCCAGAUGGCUUUUCAGAAACUAUUUACUGACUCCGAACAGUGGAAGUUUACUGAUUGUGAUGAGGAUAAUGAAAUUCUCUCCGACUCGAAUUUCUUGAGUUGGUUUGCAGUGCUGAAAAUGAAAACAAACACCCAAAUUGAUCCUGUGCCUUGGAUAAAGAGUACAACACUUACAAAGGGAUGUUCUGUCCUGGCCUGUGGAUCUCCAUUUGGUUCUUUCUGUCCAGAUCUGUUCAUGAGCACACUGAGUAAAGGUAUCGUGAGCAACCUGGCCGGACAGGAGAACGCAUUGAUUUUGACAGAUGCCCGCUGUCUGCCUGGCACUCAGGGAGGAGGCCUCUUUGUUACUGAUGGAGACACACUGUAUCUUGUGGGCUUAAUCACUUCACCACUGUGUUGGAAGUCAAAUGAAUGGAUUGGUCUGACUCUAGUGUGUUCUCUGCAUUUAAUUUUGAAAAACAUAUUACAAGUUGUAACCUCUCAUCAGUUUCUGAGAGAGAUAUCAACACACUCGUUCACGGAUAUCCCUCACGUCCCAGCUGAUGCAUACCAAAAGUCAGAAAAUGGAAAAUACCCCAUGGUGGUAGUGGUUGAAUGUGGACAAAUUUGGGGUUCGGGAAUUGUGUUAAAUCCUCGUUUAGUGUUAACUUGCAGGCAUGUUGUGAAUGGGGGACAAUUUCCGAAAGUCACACUCAACACUAGUCAAAGACCUCAGACUGUGAGCAGCAGAGUGCUGUAUUCUACAAAAGCUUCUUCGCCUUAUGAUGUUGCUGUUGUGCAGCUUCAAAAGCCCUUCUCACACGUCAUGGUGCCACACUUAACCACCAGUUUUUUGCCUGGUGAGGACGUGCUUGUGCUGGGUUAUGGGGCUUUAGGGAAAACCUGUGGCCCCUCACUGACCUCAGGGAUACUUUCCAGAGUUAUCCACUUGCGAAACAAGCCGGUGAUGCUGCAGACAACUUGUGCAGUGAAUUGUGGAGCCAGUGGUGGGGCUGUUGUCCGCGCCAGAACGGGCGAACUGUUGGGUAUUGUGUCCAGUAAUACAAGAGACUUUGCAGCCAAAGUUACAUAUCCCCAUUUAAACUUCAGCAUCCCGGUUUCUGUGCUGGAGCCUCUUCUGAGUCGCUUUGCGCAGACGCAAGACCCUGCUAUCUUUCAGGAAUUGGACAGUGCAGAGGAUGAGGUUAGGAGUGUGUGGAGACUUCAGAUUCCUCAAAGUAAGCUGUGAAUAUACUGUAUGUCAAAUAGGAAACGUAAGUGACAUUGUCAUGUGGAUACCAUUGCAUUCUACAUUCCCACAUUGGCAUUAAGAAACACUGUUCUGCUUUGAAUUACUGAACGUUCAGUCUGCUGGAAGAAUAGAAAGAAAAGGAAACUAGAUUUUGAGGUUAUUGGUUGCUGGCUAGUUUGUCUUUCAAUGAACAGAUCUAAAAGAUUUGGGGAUCUCAAAUGUAAUUAUAAUUGAUUGGUAGAAAGACUAAUAUAAGCAAUUGUGUAUAUUGCUACGAGAAUAAAACUCAAUUUGGUUUUAUCAAUUCAUAAAAUGAAUUAAUGAAUUUUACUAUAUUGCAGUGUUUCGAUGAUGCUUUCAAAAGAUUUUUAACUGAAGCUAAUUUUUAUUCUGCUGUUUUGCCAUGUCUUGCGACCAACCAAAUGACGAAUGCUUUAUUUCAACUAUGGCAAACUUUGAAUUGUUUCUGAAAAUAUAACUACUUGUUCUGUUGUAUAGUAGGCCAAUAUUAAGCCAGCCAUGAAAUGGAUGUCAGAUUUGAAGAAUUGAACAUGGGAAUGCUCUUUAGUGGUGUGACUCUUCAAGCAUAUUGCUGUCAGUAUUACUUAAGCUUAGGAGACUAUCCAGUACUCUGACUGAAACUCAGUAAAUCUGGGGAAAGGAGAGUCUGAUUUAGAAAACAAAUAAAGCCUGAAGCAGUUGUUCUUGGACUGGAGAUGCAAAUUAUUGACUUACUGCUGCUUUCACAAUUUUUUCUGACCAUGGCUUAUGGGUUGUUUUACAAUCAGGGUACGCAAGCUAAAAAUCACAUUUAACACUUAUCUUCAAUAUCAAAAGGCUUGACUAAAUAAACUUGGUUGUUUAUUGUAGCCCUGUGAUAGCUCUAUUUACCAUGCAAAAAAAAAAAAAAAAUUGGUGAUAACGUUAUUUUUGGUGAAUGUAUGGCAAUAUAUGUCAUAUUUAGCAAAAUUACUCGUGUCAUUUAGAAAAAGUGCUUUUUUGACCACAGGUAGCUCCAAAAGGGAUGCACUUAAAUCAUUCUUUAUACCAUAAAACACAUAUUUGGUUCCAUGUCAUUGGAAACAUAGUUAAGUUUUAAUGUUGAAUGCCAGUAAGUUUUCAGACUAUUUUGAUCAAAUUAGUAUGUAAUUGUGUCAAAAAAAAUGUCCUCUCCGAGACAGCUAAUUUUUCAAUAUAAAAUAACAUAUCUAAAAUGAUUAUUUUCAUCCUAAAAUGUGGUCAAAAUAUUGGAACAUAAAUAUUAGAGACAGCGAACACAAAGCUUACAGUCUUAUAUUUAAAAGCACUAUGGAAGUAGUGGAUUCUGAAUUGUCAAAAAAAAAUGUCCUCUCCGAGAAUCACUUCAUUUGUUUCUCCCAUCUUAUAGCAGAUUACACAAAACUCCCAUACACACAUGUCAAAAAAUUACCUAAAAUCUGUUCUUUAACUUGUCCUUCACUUAAAAACUGGUACAAGAACCAGUUUGAAUCAAUUUGAAUUUUGGACCCCUGUGACACAAACUUUGUACCCUGGUUGUAAAACAACCCUUAUCCUAUAUGAAGUUUAACUGACUGAACUGUGCCAAGUUUCCCAAAAGCAUCGUAACACAAAGAUCAACUUUAAGUGGUAGCACAAUGAACACUCUCUCCUAGUUAAGAUGCUCUUAGCGUUAAGAGGCUUUUGGGAAACCCACCCCUGCUCGUUAACUUGACCGGAACAAAGUUGUUCAAUUCUGACACAAUGCAUUUCAGCUUCACAUUGUAAUUGUGUCUCAUUAAAAGUUAAUUAUUUUA